UAAAAUGGAGCAACAAACUCAGGAAAAAAUGGAAUCUCUGCAAAAAUAUGUACCUUUUAUUGAUUUUGUUUUAAAAAUAGAUGGAAAAAAAUAUACAAAAUUUACACAUAUUAGGAAAUGGAUUGUAUUGAGAAAAACAAAAUAUCCUGCAACUGCCUUGAAUAAAAUUGAACAGUCCAUUAUAACACAGUACAAAAAUUUGCUAAUUGAAAAUAAUGUGCAAAUACCCGAAAAUAUAUCAAAUAUUUUUGCACCACUGUAUUUCAAAGAAUAUGUAAAUUUAUGCUCCGACGAGGAAGAAGAUGAAGCACAAGAAGUCAAUAAGAAAAAAGAAGAUAAUAAUAGGACGACAGGAAAGCCAAGUGCAUCAAAGGAAAGGCGUAAAACAAAUGAUGAAAAGUAUUCCAAAACAACGAAAGUUGAAGAUAGUGACGAUGAUUUGGAAAUCGUUAGCAUUGAUUAUGUGAACAAAGUCGAGAAGAAAGUAGAUACAAAUUCAAGCAGCAAAUCAAAUAUUCUACCAGAUAAAGUGAUAGUUAAAGGAGAUGCUGAUUUAGAUGAGAUAUCCUAUGACAUAUUAUGUAGGAUUGAUAAAAUAGCUGAAGAUGACAUUAAGAUGAAGAGUUUGGUGCACGAACCCAUAAAUUAUACGUAUCAGGAAAAAGAUUUCCGUGAUAUAAGUGAAAACAAUAGCGAACCGGCUGAAGAGAAAAUUUUUGAAAGACGCACAACCUCAGAUGUAUUAUUUAAAAGACGUACAGAUUUUCAAGAUGAAGUAAUCGAUGUGACAGAUCUGGAAAAUAACCAGAAUACAAUGGAAAUGGCUAAUUUUAAAGAUGAUGAAGUUGAAGUGCAAAGUAUUGAAAAUAAUAACAAAAAGUUCUGUGCUAAAAAAACCAUAGAAAUUAUUUCUUUGGAUUCGUGUAGUGAUGGUGAGUUUUGUAGUGAUGAUGAACGUCCUACUACGUCCAAGGCGGCAGCUAUAAAGGCUGCACGUAACAAAGAGGCUGUAGAUGAAGAGGUCACUAUUGUGAAAGUAGAUGAUAAUAUAAGUGAAGAGCGAAAUUCCAAUAGUAAUAAGAAAGUAGAAUUUUUGUGCAAUUCCAUUGACUCAGUUUCGUUGGAUAUGAAUGAGUUAAUGGAAGAAUUGAAUGACUGUAAUGAAACAAGUGAUGCCACUCCAACUAAAACCACUACCAUUGUGCUCGAAAAACAAACAUCAGACGGAAGCAGUGAUAAGGAGAAUUCCAUACAACCAACGGACACAAACAAGACACAAAAUCUAAACCAAGACCAAAUAUGCAAACUACUUGAAGACAUUUCGAAUAAUAAAGAUUUUGAUAUGGAUACAUUUUAUGCAGCUUUGUCAUACGUCAAACAGAUGAACACUACCUCUUCAAAAACAAAUCCACUUGAAAACAAUUCUCAACUGCAAACGCCUACUGAGACGCCUCCCCCAGCUCCUCCACCAAUUAGUAAUAAUUUGCCAACACCUCCUGCACAUCACAUACAACAUGAACAAUCCCCACAAUAUCCACAAAAUGUUUAUUAUCCUGCCCAACAUUCUCAAUAUAUAGCUCCUCCCUUAGCACCACAUUAUACACAGAAUGGUAAUUUUGUAAAUAUGCCAGGCACAGCACCACCUCCCCGACCAAAAGUAAAUAUUAACGAUCCACGCAUUAUAAAACAACUACAGGCCAUACAAAAUUCACCCUUGUUUACUUAUAAUGUAUUAAACUCGGAAACUGCCGCCAGUAUAAUGCAAAUAUGUCAAUCGCAAAAAUUUCAACAACCUCAACAGCGAGCCAACUUUCAAAACAGCUCAAAACAUCCCCACAAUAAUAAUAAUAUGGCUAGUGCUAAUAACACUGCAACAACAUCAAACCAUUUUCGCAAGACAACUGAUGCUGCGGCAUCGUCAUCAUCGAAUAGUAUUACUUAUGGCGAGUACAAACGAAGACAGCAAGAGCAAAAAUUGCAACUGGAAAGACAAAGAGAACAAGAACGUAAGGCCAAACUGGAACGGGAGAAGCAGGAAUUGUUAAAAAAGAAGAACGAAGAAAUACGUUCUCAAAUGUUGUCCACUUUAACACCAUGUCAGGACCAGUUAACUACAAUGUGGAGCCAACAAAAGAAUUUACCCAAGAACUCUGGUGUUGGCGGCAAUAAAACGACUAAUGUGGAGCAGGAAAAGCAAAACGCCACGACAGCCACUGUGGAAAAUAAUGUUGAUGGCAAGGAGAAAAAAAGUAAAACGAUUACUAUAAAAAAGGUGUACACACAAACAAAGUUUAGUAAUAAUAAUAAUACUAAGAUGGCAGAUACAACCCAGAGUAAAGCUAACAACGUAGAUCAGAAACUCAACCGAGUUUACAGUGAAUUGAAAUGUACCUUUAAAGGAUUUGAUCAGCUUCAUGAUUAUAUUCCCACCGUUGACCAGAAUUCAUUUCGAAAAUCUAACGAAAAGCGUCAAAAAACUACGAUGAAUGGUGCAGACGACAGUGACACAAAUUCAACACAUUCCGCAGAAGUAGAGGUUACGCCUAGACACAUCGGACUUAGGCGAAGAUCCAGUAUACACGCUCUUUCUGCCAUAUCGGAGCAAUUAGGGCAACAAUCCUCGGAUUGUUCAGAUUCUGAUACGAGCCAAAAAAAGAUCAGCAGCAAUCGCAACCAAUCAACUGUUGACCCUAAACGACUUUCAAUCGAUAACCACAAUUCUUUCUCCGAAAGUUUGUCUCAAGAUUUUAUGAGAUCUUUUCCAAAACGUAGAAAAACAAUUGAUGAGGUCAUAAAGACAACAAGAAGAGCAAAGAUUUUACGAAUUGUAGACGAUGACAGUGCAUCAUGCUCAUCGGAGGAUGUUAUAUCAUCCUCUAAAGAAAGUGUGACCUUAAAACAACCAGUUAUUAAAUUGCAGCGUAUAUCGCCUGAGUUUAUUAGAAAACACACAAAAAGACGUAGAGAAGAAACCGAUCAAUGUUCCAGAUUAAAGAAAAACUGUGAGCGAAUUACAAACCCGGUUGAACCCGCCCAAAAGCUGUCAAAACUCAAAAAAUACAACAAUGAUUGUCAAAUGACAGAACGCAAUACAUCUUUCUGCACUCUGUGCCGAUCAAAACCGUCGGAUUUGACCAACCACUACAUAGGCAGACACAAAACUGAAUCAUAUGUGUCCAGAUUGGAUUGGUCCGAACUGGAUGAAUUAUCAAUUAAUACACCUUUCGCCAAGUUACUGCCCAAAAUGAAAAACUAUCGUUUUGAUCGCUAUGAGAUCGAUUGUCCCUUCUGCAAAGACAAACUUGUAGAUCAAUUCAUAAAUCUAUACCAUCAUUAUUCCGCACAUACAGGAGAGUAUGCUUUUCAAUGUUCCCACUGUAACCUAACGAAGCCCUACAGACCUGAUAUACAGUCUCACAUUUUACAUUCGAAAACAUGUCGCAACUCCACCAUUAACAUUUUGUAUCGUUAUCCACCCAAUGCCCAAUGUAUUUAUCUGCACUACUGCACCAUCUGUAAUUUCGUGCAACUGAACGAAGCCAAUGUUUUGAAACACUUGAGAGAACAUCAUCAUAGUUCCAAAGCUAUUCCCAGUAAUGUACAGAAAUAUAUAUUGGCGGCCAUGAGUGAUGGGCCCGAUGCAAAUGAAUUUAAUAAACCACCGACACCCACCACUGCAGCACCAGUACAAAAGGAGACAACUGUUGAUAGAGUUGAAAGGACUUCACCACCGACACCACCACCUGCAGUACAAAAAGAAACAACAACUGCGGACAGUAAUAGUAGUAAUAGCACAACAACGGCAUGUAGUAGCAGUUCAAAUGGAUUAGAACUCAACAGUGUACAGCUUCCUGGGGAAGAAUUGCAGGCUACAACAUGUGUUUUAAAUUUCAAAGUUGAUGAUGAUGACAUACCCGUAACUAAUGAGCCUUGUGUAGAGGAAGAAUUUUUAGAUGAUGGCAAAUAUUCAUUAGAAGAGCAAUUGAAACAAUUGCACGAAGGACCCGCCCCAACUUUAAACACACCACCACCCAUGACAGUUAUACACUGUUUCGGUAACCAUUUAAAGGGUUCUCCAAAUGCUGUUACUAACCGUAUCACACAGCCACCACCGCCAGAUAGACGACAUCUACCAAUGAUUAUAAAAACAGAACUCAUGGAAUUGGAAGAAAGCCUAUUAAUAACACCACCCAGGCCGUCAUGUUCCAAAACGCAAGAGACUAAACCCAUUACACCGCCUGUCGCAAGAAAUCAGUCUGGCAUCUAUGAAAAGUAUCGCAGCUAUCCUCAAAAUGUCAACUAUUUGGGACUGUACAAAUGCAUGAUAGAUGAUUGCUAUUAUUCGACAGACAGCUCUGAAGAUUUGUGCACACAUUUAACUGAUCACUCAUCGGUAGAUUUGAAAACCAUUGAGUCUCUUCAGUGUCCGUAUUGUGAUUUACCCAUGGAAAUGCCAAUGAGCCCCUUACAAUUGGUCGAACAUGUAGGCAGUCAGCAUGCCCAUUUGAUUUAUCAAUGUUCCAUGUGUUGUUAUCGCAGCUGUGAUGCCUCGAACGUAAACGUUCAUCAGCAAUUGCACCAUAACACUGCUCAAAACUCGUGUAAAAUUUAUAAAUGUUCCAGUGACGAUUUGCAGGACAGCAACAAACUGAAGCGGUUGGACAUGAAUGAUCAAAUCGUAAAAAACAUUUUCAAAUUAGUUUGCACUGUUUGUAAUGCUGGUUUCUAUCAUACCCAUUUCUUGAUAAACCAUCUCAAUAGUGAGCACAAGGUGCAUGACGCCGAUGAUUUAAAAAUCUACUCUUGCAUCUAUUGUCCCCUAACAGUUGCGAACAAGCAUGAAAUACGAAUGCAUAUAGCCACUAAACAUCCUGACAAACUGCCGCGCGUUUACGAUCACAAUACACAAUGUAACAGCAGAAUUGAGGAUGUGAUACGUAGUUCAGAUAUUGUCUGUCUAUCUGAAUCGGUGGCCUAUGAGGAAGCUGCUAAGAGCGACAGCAAUGCAGAAAACCUAUCACUGGAUAUCGUGGAUAUUAAGCCAGAUCUUGAACAGCUGUUGGAAAUGAAUGAGGAAACCAUUAGAGCGCGAUUGCGAAAGUUAACUGCACAUACGGGUGUAGCACCAGACAAACUUUAUCGUUGUCCUGAAUCAACAUGCGGUGGCUUCUUUUCCAUUUUUGAUUUGUGGCUGAGACACAUGAAAGUCCGUCAUCAUAGUUUGGAAUGUCAAUGUCCGCACUGUCCAGCACUAAGAUCGCUAUCUUUGGAACAGUUUUCGUUGCAUUUUGAGGAACACAAACGUCAUACGUUUAUUUGUUUCCAUUGUCCGACAACAUGUCCCAACGAAACAUUGGCCAAACAACAUUUUGCCGAGAAGCAUGCUGAGUUGGGGGGCACAAUGCGUUACGAGCAAAUACGUUUCAAUCUCUGCUACUCGUACUCGAUUAUGAUACAAAGCGAUUUAUGCAAAGAGCGCAACAAUUUCAUUGCUGAAUUCUUGGUCACAUUGGAUAGUCGUUUGAAAGACUUGGAAUCUAGCGAAAUCCAAAAGUUAAAACAUCAAUGGCCAGUACCGGAUAACACUGUGUGGAUAGACGAUUAUUUGCCACAGCUUUACAACCGAAAAGUGCUUCGAAACUGUUUAAUGAAAGACUGUGCAUUUCGUACUCUCAGAGAAGACAGUCUUUUCCAUCACUUGCGCACCUCACACGUCACUGAAGGCACAAAAUUUAUUUGUUCCAGAUGUAAAUAUACCAUAAAGAUCCACAGCAGUUUCGAUGAAAUCAUUAAUCACAUCAAAUUGCAUAGCGAAUUCAUUUGCAUAUGCGCAGCUUGUUCGUUAAGCACAUCGAGUCGUUCCAAAAUGUGCACUCAUAUAACCGGGCAGCAUUCAGCACGUGAUGUUCCAGUAAUAGAGCUGUUCAAGAUCAACCAGAUGUUGUUUAUUAAAAUCUAUAUAGUGUUCUCCGAUAACCAUCUGACAUUCUCAACAAUGAAAAAUUGUUUCUGUUGCCCCGAGAAGAAUAUGAACGGUGAUGUGUUCAGUUUACAUUUGAAACGUUAUCAUAAAUUUUCAUUCAACUACUAUUGCGAAAAGUGCCCGAGUUUCCAUUUUAAAUCGUUGAAAGAUGUAAAGUCACAUUUUCAACAGUUACAUCCUUCAGAUAAGCUUAAGGUACGCUGUGAGUUGUCAUCUCCGAAUGACUUAAGUGUAAUAUCCUUAAAUGAGUUUCAAGUACAAAUUUCGAUUGGUGAUCAACUGCCGUUAAAUAUUAAAGACGAACCCAUAGAUGUGUCUAAUACUGACAAUGAUGACGAUGUAAUUCUGCUUGAAGAUAAUGAUGUAGUUAUUCAAGAAUCCCUUAGAGAUGACAAACUACAGCCGCCUAAAGAAAUGCCAAAACUAAAAUGUGCAUCAUUAAGUAAACUGAUGCAGCCAACAACAUCAUCAUCAACGUCAAUGCAACCAAAUUGUCUACCUAUGCAACAAGUUUUUCUCCAACCGUUAACAUCAACAUCGGAAUCAUUUCCAAACUCAACAUUUGUAACCGAUCCCUAUGGCAACAAUAAUUUAGGAGCAUUUAUCAACAACUACACCAAUGUAUCUUCAAAUCAUGCCAACAUUUUAAGUUCUACGCCAAAAGUCAAUAAAAACGUGAAUUUUUACAUGCCACAACAUCAACACCUCAACCCACAAACAAUAGUACAUAUUCAAGCACUUCAGCAUAUACCAAUAAUUUCAAGUACCGGGGAAUUUUAUGAGUACGACUCCAGUAAUAACGCAAAACUAUGACGAUAUACCAAUUGUUAUGAUCUCCAGCGCAAUCAAUUUUUACCUCCCGGCUGCAAUGUCGGCAACGUAACCUAUUAUUUUUAAUUAGUUUUAUUAAAUACUUAAGUUACUGAUUUUCUUAAUAUCGAUGCCUUAAUAUAAAAAAGCCCUAACUCGUGGUGAAAAAACUGUUUGGGCUAAUUGUGAUAUAUGAUCGGACCAUUUAUCAAAAUAAACGAAAAUCUGGACUAGGGCCUUUUUAUAUUAAGGCAUCGAUAUUUGUUUUAUUUUUUUAGUUUGAAUUAAUCAUAAUUAAGUUUCGUUUCAAAUAUUUUGAAACAUUUUGUAUAUUAUCCGAAAAAUUUUAAAUAUAAAUUUUUUUUUAUUACAAAAAUAUAUGAAUAUGUACUUCUGGAUCAAUUUUAAA